CAUUACUUCAAUGUGGAACUGAGAAUAAGUACUGAUUGCUGUGGCUGAAAGUUUACUGUGCACUUAAUUUCGCUUCUCUUUGUUUAAAUAUAACAUUUAUAACUAAAGCUGGGAGAAAUACUUUGAGAGAACAACCAUGAAGUUAUCCGAGAGGAUGAGGAGCCGCAGUAAUUCAGGAGUGAGGCUGGACGGAUAUGCCAGGCUGGUCCAGGAGACUAUCUUGUGUCAUCAGAACCCAGUGACUGGACUUCUCCCCGCCAGCAUCCAGAAGAAGGAUGCCUGGGUGAGGGAUAACGUGUACAGCGUCCUGGCUGUGUGGGGGCUGGGCAUGGCUUAUCGCAAGAACGCCGACCGCGAUGAAGACAAAGCCAAGGCCUACGAGCUGGAGCAGAGCGUGGUGAAGCUGAUGCAGGGCCUUCUGCAGUGCAUGAUGAGACAGGUGGAUAAGGUGGAGAAGUUCAAACACACCCAGAGUACAAAGGAUUGCUUGCAUGCCAAAUACAACACAGCCACCUGCGGCACAGUGGUCAGGGACGACCAGUGGGGCCAUCUGCAGGUGGACGCCACCUCCAUUUACCUGCUAAUGCUGGCACAGAUGACAGCCUCAGGUCUCCAAAUAAUCUCCAACCUUGAUGAAGUAGCUUUUAUCCAGAACUUAGUUUUCUACAUUGAGGCAGCCUACAAAGUGGCGGAUUAUGGGAUGUGGGAGCGAGGUGAUAAGACCAACCAGGGCAUCCCCGAGCUCAACGGCAGCUCUGUAGGAAUGGCCAAGGCAGCUCUGGAGGCCAUUGAUGAGCUGGAUCUGUUUGGGGCUCACGGAGGGCCGAAGUCAGUCAUUCACGUUCUACCAGACGAGGUGGAGCACUGUCAGGCCAUCCUCUGCUCCAUGCUACCAAGAGCCUCAACUUCCAAGGAGAUAGAUGCCGGCCUUCUGGCCGUUAUUUCAUUCCCUGCUUUUGCCAUGGAGGAUGCCGACCUGGUGGCCAUCACCAAGUCCGAAAUUAUCAGCAAGCUGCAGGGUCGCUAUGGCUGCUGUCGCUUCAUCAGAGAUGGAUAUCACUGUCCUAAAGAGGAUCCAUCUCGGCUGCACUACGAUCCUGCAGAGCUCAAGUUGUUUGAGAACAUCGAAUGUGAGUGGCCGGUGUUCUGGACGUAUCUCAUCCUCGACGGCAUCUUUACUGGAGAUCACGUGCAGGUGCAGGAGUACCGAGAGGCGCUGGAAGGCGUUUUAAUCAGAGGGAAAAAUGGCAUCAAACUCCUGCCUGAACUUUACGCUGUACCACUUGAUAAGGUGGAGGAGGAGUACAGGAAUCCUCACUCUGUGGACAGGAUGGCCAUGGGACAGCUUCCACACAUGUGGGGACAAUCCCUCUACAUUGUGGGAUGUCUUCUGGCUGAGGGCUUUCUUGCACCAGGAGAGAUAGAUCCUCUCAACAGGAGAUUCUCUACAAACUUCAAACCUGACGUUGUGGUACAAGUCUGUGUGCUAGCAGAGUCAGAAGCGAUCCAGACGUUGCUAAGAGAUGCUGGCGUUGCGGUGCAGACCAUAUCAGAGGUCAUGCCUAUAAGGGUCAUGCCUGCUCGCAUCCUGAGCCACAUCUAUGUCAGACUGGGAAACUGCAGGAAGCUGAAUUUGAGCGGACGGCCGUACAGACACAUCGGAGUUCUGGGAACGUCGAAGUUCUACGAGAUCAGGAAUCGUUCCUACAUCUUCACCCCUCAGUUUUUAGAUCAGCAUCAUUUCUACCUGGCGCUGGACAACCAGAUGAUUGUUGAGAUGUUACGAACCGAGCUGGCCUAUCUGUCGUCAUGCUGGAGGAUGACGGGACGGCCCACGCUCACCUUCCCCAUCACACGCAGCAUGCUGGUUGAGGAUGGAGAUGCAAUAGAUCCAUGUAUCUUAUCCACGCUCAGGAAGCUGGAGGAUGGCUAUUUCGGCGGAGCGAGAGUGCAGAUGUCAGAUCUGUCCAGUGUCCAGACUACGUCGUUCUACACCCGCCUGACCUUCCUGGAUGAAGACGCUGACGAUAUAUUUGACGACGUAGACGAUGAAGACAAUGAUGAAUACAGAGCUGAAUAUAACACACCUGAUCUGGGCUCUAAGGACACAUUUGACCAGUACAUCACGCAGCUCCUUCACAGCACCACCACCAAGUCCUAUCUACCUCCCAUCCAGAGGGGGCAGGAUCACGUCUUCAGCCCUGAGCACACCACCAGGGACAUCCUGUCCUUUAUGGCUCAGGUCCAAGGCUUGAAAAUGCCCAAGACCUCAAUGUAUCUUCCUGUGGCUCCGAUCACAAACAGACAUCGGAGAUCCCUGAACCUCCUUGAAGUUCCUCAUCCUCAGCCUGGCCCGCAGGCAAAGCAGCCGGAGCAGCCCAAGCUCUGCAGUAUUUCUGAGCUACAUCUGCCAAGAGACUCUCAGGGCAACACCGACUUUGCAGCACUGGUGAAUCAUAUAAAGGAGUGUCCGACUUUGCAGGACCAGGCUGACAUUCUCUACAUACUCUACAUUAUGAAAGGAGCGGAGUGGGUGGUGGAGCUGUCAGGACCUGGACAGGGCGGCGUCAGCGUGCGCUCACUGCUCGAGGAACUGUAUGAGCAAGCUGGAGCCUGCAAAGAGUGGGGGCUCAUUAGGUACAUCUCUGGAAUACUGCGCAAGAGAGUGGAGGUCCUCGCCGAGGCCUGCACAGAUCUGAUUUCUCAUCACAAGCAGCUGACUGUCGGUCUUCCUCCUGAACCAAGAGAAAGAGUGAUCACCGUGCCACUUCCCCCAGAGGAGUUAAACACUCUGAUAUAUGAAGCCAGUGGUCAGGAUAUCAGCAUAGCUGUUCUCACUCAGGAAAUCAUGGUUUAUUUAGCCAUGUACGUCCGCUCCCAGCCCGCUCUUUUUGGCGACAUGCUCCGCCUCAGGAUCGGACUCAUCAUGCAAGUGAUGGCCACUGAACUGGCUCGCAGCCUGCACUGUUCAGGAGAGGAGGCGUCUGAGAGUUUGAUGAGCCUGAGUCCGUCCGAUAUGAAGAAUCUGCUGCAUCACAUCCUAAGUGGCAAAGAGUUUGGGGUUGAGAGAAGCAUGCGUCCAAUCCAGUCCACAGCCACUAGUCCUGCGAUCUCUAUUCAUGAACUGGGUCACACAGGAGCCACAAAGACUGAACGCACAGGGAUUCACAAGUUAAAGAGCGAAAUAAAACAUCUGGAUGGCUCUCGACCUCUCAGUAUCUUCAGUGGCGGUCUUUCCUUGAGUAGCAAUGUAACUUCCCCUCGCUCCACGCGUUGCAGCAGCCCCUCUACCCCGAGUGGAAUGCUGUCCCCAGUGGGACCUGGCCCUGGAGACGGGCAGCUGCACUGGGAGGAGAGGCAGGGCCAGUGGCUGAGGAGACGGCGGCUAGAUGGAGCAAUCAACAGGGUGCCGAUGGGUUUCUACCAGAAAGUUUGGAAGAUUCUGCAGAAGUGCCACGGCCUGUCCAUUGACGGAUAUGUGCUGCCCUCGUCCACCACAAGAGAGAUGACAGCAGGAGAGAUCAAGUUUGCAGUGCAAGUGGAGUCUGUCCUGAACCACGUCCCCCAACCAGAGUACAGGCAGCUGCUGGUGGAGACUGUAAUGGUUCUGGGUCUGGUGGCUGAUGUGGAUGUAGACAGCAUCGGUGGAAUUAUCCAUGUGGACCGCAUUCUACAUUUGGCCAAUGAUCUAUUCCUAAAUGACCAGAAAUCGCUCAGCGCCAGUGAUUAUUUGCUCGAGAAGGACCCAGCUACUGGAAUUUGCAACUUCUUCUACGACAGCGCCCCUAGUGGCAGCUACGGCACCAUGACUUAUCUCUCCAAGGCAGUCGUCACCUACGUCCAUGACUUCCUGCCAAGUUCCAGCUGUCUGAUGCAGUGAAGGAACCGACUCCAGAAAGCCGAAUAAAGCCUGUCUGGUAGCAGAAGGGUUAAGCAGAGUUUCUAAUUUGUAACUUGUGUUAAUUUUGUUGUUAAUUAUUCAGUAAACAGUAGCUCUGGUGUACUGAUGCAGCAUUGCAGCGUUGGCAGCUCACAAAUUAUCCUUGUUUGUCUGCACUGUGAUUGCUGUUCAAAUAUAUGUGUACAUUUUAAACUAUUUAAAUUACAAAUUUGUAACAGAGCAGAUGUGUGGUUUUAGGUCAUAUUGUAGUUUAUUUAAAUCCUUUUGAUUUAAGUGAAAACUUAGACUACUGAACUGAUUUGUUAAUCCUCAUAAAAUACUGUGAUCACUGUCCACACUACUUAUUAAUUACUUUUGUUUUAUUUAUUCUUAAGUUUUUGAAUUUUAUUGUCCUAGUAUAAAUAAGACCGGCUUAGAAUGAUGAAAAUAAGUAACUUUAGUUUUCUUUAAAAGAGAACCUUUUUCUUUAAAAAAUUAUUUAUCGGUGUGACUGGAUAUGAAUGUCACCUCAUAUUUAUCCUGCAUGUUGAUGGUUUGUUUAUUUGUUUGCAGUGAGAACAACUACUCUUGUGGUAUUAUUUUCAGGAUUGGUCUAUUGCUAGUCCUUGCAAAGUCCUUCGAAUAUUUAUUUAAAGAAAAAUAAUAGUUUUGCUAAUAACUGCAGAUAGUAACAACUUUGUCAUUUGCAUAAACAAAACAGCAGACUUGACAUCUGUGCUGACUGCAUGCACCAUCAAUUGUGUACAACAGAAAGGUUCAGAUCAUGGUGCAUUCUUUCUGGAAUAAACACUUUUACAACCUGGA